AUGUCACUCACUUCGCAGCAAAAGACACAGAUCUUAAUCACGGAUGUACCAAGAGAAGAUUUCGUGAAGGGCUGGUCGCAGCAGUUGGAAAAAGAGCUGUUCGAGGUAAAGUUUCCUGAUCUGAAGAGUAAAUGUGAAUACUACACUCCACUUGCAUUUCUCAGCCGUAUUGUGAUCAUAUUUGAGGAUGAAGCGUCGACUCUGCAGGUAUAUGAGUACUUAAAUCAGGAACUGAAGUCCCGGGGCGUGAAGCUGUAUUUGACGGAGUCAUUACUGGCACGGCCACGCUCGAAAUCAAUGGACGAUCCUGUGCCAAGCAAAUCAGAAAAACCUAUCUUGGCUAUUGAUACUGGUAGUUCAGUUAUCAGCUCGCCUACGUUGUCUCCGGAAAGAGCUUGCGGGCAGUCUCCCACCGCCAUGCGGUUUCCUGAAGAUGGUAAAGUGCAUUAUUACCAAGAGCCAGCUCCGCGGCCGGAAAUGGCAGAAGAGCCAAAGCCACAAUCAGGUAAAACCACCUAUUUAUAUAAGCCUGACUUAAAACUCGACGUGGCGGGUGUGCGUGGUGGCAGCUAUGGAAAUUCCCCUCCCAUGAGCCCCAGUAUUACACUCAACGAAUUUACACACUGA